AUGGAAGAAUCAAUUAAUGUCGAAAUCAAUUCUGCAGAUCUUUCUUGGGCUGAGUUUCUUAGAACUAAGGCAUUAUAUAGCAUUACAAGUUCAAAUGUAACCUAUCGUCUCGAGUUUUUAAAUCAUUUAUUGUUACCACGUAUAAAAGUUAGAGAUCUUUCAGAUAAAGUCAUUGAAGUUCUUUUACAACUUAUCCUUUUGACAUAUCCAAGAUAUACUGAUAGAGAAUCACGCCUUUCAAUUUUAAAUAUUCUCAAAGAGCUUAACGCUUGGAAUUCAGAUAUCUUUUUAAAAACUUUUGUUCCAAUGGUGGUUAAAGAGGCCGAUAAAUUAAAUCAAAAAAGUUCAGAUGGCACUACAUAUACUACAGCUUCGUCUAGUAGAUUUGUUCUUCUCACAUGGAUCAAUUUAAUGAUCACACUUUCUUCUUUAUCAACAAAUUUUAUUCCUGACACUUCGUCAUAUUGGAAGGAUCUUGUAAAUGCACAAGGACUUUUACUUCAUACACUGACUAGUGAGGGGGAAAAAAGAAAAGGAAUUAGGAUGAGUGCAUUAAGGGAUGUAAGACGAUGUAUUCGAAAGAAUUCUUCAUAUAUUCCAUCAUAUAUAUCCUAUUUAACGUCCAGUGUAAAGACAUGCGAUCCGCCAUUUAGAAAUGCGGUACUGCUUGGAAAUGUUAUUGGAUGCGCUUUACGGCUACAAAAUAAAAACAAAGAGAUUCUUGGAAAGAAUUUAAAUGAAGAAAUAAUGCAAUAUUAUUUAUCGACUAUUAUUUCAUCAAAAAUAUCUGUUCCUAAAACAUCAGCGGACGCUUUACAUGAUUUUAUAAAAAAUGUUAUCACAGAGGGAGAUUUUAAUGAAAAAUUUGUCCCAGUUAUAGAAAAGUUGCUUUUAAGGGCACCUGAAAUUGUGAUUAAUACAUUAAUUUAUCUCUUAAAAUCUUUAUCAUUCGAUACCUCAAGGAUUUUUAAAAAUCAUUUCAUUCAACCACUCCUUAAUCAUAUUCGUUCGACAAAUAAAACUGUACAGACUGAUGCAGCAGAGUUGCUUAAUUUGUUAGUGCAAAAAAGUAAAAAUGAAGAUAUUUGUAUAGAAAUUGUUAUGGAAAUUAUUCAGGCAUUAAGUGGAGCAAAGAUUACAAACCCAGAACAUCGCAUGAUCCUGUUUCAAGCAUUAAAUCAUAUUUAUCAAUCUCCCGUUGUUGUAAAAAAUCUUAUUAAAGGACUUUUGCCUAUAGUCUCCAAGGAAAGUAAUGAAAAUUCUUUGGCCAAAGUCAUUGAUACAUUAAGUUUGCAUGCAAUGUCACUAUUUAAACAUGAAAAUGAUGAAAAUACUAUCAAUAUGUUCACAAAUGCUAUUGUCGAAGGAUUGAAAAGUUCUAAAGUUGGCUUGAGAAAAUCUUGGGCUCUUGCAUUAGGUCGUCUUGUUUGGCAAGAAAAUGAUAUUCCAUCUGCAUCUUUUCGUAUCCUUGUUAAACAAUCACUUGUACCUUUGUUAUCAUCAAUGGAAAAGAUUCAGUCAAAUCCAUUGAAUUAUGUUGGUGGGCCAAUUGAAGGAUACAUUUCAAUUGCUAUUAUUGAAGGUAGAACGGUCAAAUGGAAUGAUGAUGAAAUAGCUAAUUUAGUUCAUUCAAAGAAACAGAUUCAAAACAUUUUUAUUGCUAAUCCUAAGCCCUCUUUUUGGUUAUGGGAUAAAGUUUACACUAAAUUAACCACCUUUGAUGAAUAUCAGUGGUUUCUUCGUUCUAUUGAAAGUGUUGUAAUCAAUAAAAGUGAAUUAUUAUUGCAAAAAGCUGAUGUUAGAAUAUUGAUUGCAAAUUCAUUUGUAUAUUUGAUAACCGCGUGUCAAAUUUAUCAGAUAAGGCGCGAGGCACAAAACACCCUUAGAAUAUGUAACCAAUAUAAUCCUCAAGUUGUUGGGAAGAUAAUACGUGAAGGACUUACACAAUGGUUAAUUAACUUGGAAAAUGGCACAAAAGAUUCAAUGGCUGUUUUAUACUCCAUCAAUUCUCACACAGAUCACGUUAUUAAUGCAUAUAAAUUCUCAACAAUACUUACCGCUAUUACAACAUUUUCUAAUAAUACAGACAAAACAUUAAUAGAGGAAUUGUUGAUUGAGCUUAUUAUUCUAGCUCAUCAUCCUAUGAUUGCAUCUCAAACUGACAAAUAUAACUGGAUUUCGUUAGCUCAAAGAGCUCAUCUUGAUCCUGGAAAAUUAGUUGAGAAAUACUCGGAUCAUCUUUUAAAUAUUAUACUUGAAAUAUUUAACACUUAUGAUGAACGGACCAAUUUUUACAAAGCCGCUUUAUCUGCCAUUUCCACGAUCCUUUUUAUUCUAAAAGAACAAAUAAUUCCUUUAUUCCUUAAACAAUGUAAAAAUAAUUUGGAUGCUACAUUAUUUGAUAAAAUUGAGGAAAAAGAUAUUGAUAUUUGGAAAACAGAAGAGGGAACUUUAUUUGAAAUUGCAAAAAAAAAAGGUUCACAAACACCUAAACUUACUAAAGAUGAGCAGGCUGCUGUUAAUGCACAAUUAAAAAAGGAAUCUGAAAUUCGUAAUAAUGUUGAACAAAUCCGUAAAAAACUCGUAAAGGGUUUAGACAUAACUGAUGCUAUGAUUGAUGGUAGUCCUGAAACUGUUGAAAAAUAUAUUACCAAAAUAAUGCAAUUAUUAUUUGUUGUAUUAAAAAAAAGCAAUAAUGAUUUGUUAGGAGAUAAAGCAGUAAACACUUACUUAAAACUUGGUCUUGCUACUUCAGACCAGAUUGAAGGUAUUCGGAGAUCGAUUGGAUUAGCAACGCUCCGUGCUAUGGACAUAAAAAAUAUUCCUGAUAUUUGGCUUCAAGAACCAUUGGAACAUCUAGUCACACGUGUCCUUUAUCGUCUUCGUUUUAUUUCUGAACGGUCUGUUUUGCCACCUUCUUCAUUCACAUACUGUUUUCCAUUAAUCAAAUAUAUUGUUAUGAAAGGUGGGCUUGGAUGUGAUAUUAACGAUGAAAAUUAUAAUGAAUCGGUAUUAGAACAAAUUACGCUUGGAUUAGAUAUAAUAUCAUUUCAUGCAUCAGUUGGUACUUCAACCAUAAUACCCAGAGCAGAAAUCAUCCAAGUUCUUCUGGAUAUCAUUAAAAAUUAUCCAAAAUUGGCAAUAACAGCAAAAAAGACUCUGAUUGAUUUCUGUGAAUUUAUUGGCAUAACAGCAUCUAGAAUAGAAACUAGUGCGUUGUUCGCAGGCCUACUUUCUUCAGAGACGUUUAUUCGAAAUGCCUGUUUACAGUCAUUGGAUUUUACAGACCUUACUGACAUAGAUUUUUCUUGCGAGUUAUGGAUCACAUGUCAUGAUAAUGAUGAAUCUAAUUCUAAAUUUGCUUUUAAAUUAUGGGAGGAGAAUGGAAUGGAUAUAGAAGAAAAUUAUGCUGUUGAAUUAUUGCCAUAUUUAAGUAAUGAUGUCAAUUAUGUAAGAAUCACUGCUGCCAAAGCAAUAGGUGAAGCCGCCAAAGAUUAUCCAGAUACGAUUGGAGAUACAUUGUCAUUAAUUUAUGAUAUUUAUAAAAAAAAGGCAGCACCGAUUAAACCCGAAUAUGAUGAAUAUGGUAUACUAAAACCCGAAUCAAUAGACAGAAAAGACCCUUGGGAGGCUCGUGUUGGGUUUGCCCUUGCUCUUGUAGCACUUGCACCAAUUUUAGGUCCAGCUGAAAUAACAGAUUUUUUUGAAUUCCUUAUAAUUAAUGAAGCUGUUGGUGAUAGACAUCCAGAAGUUAGACAAAAAAUGUUAGAAGCCGGCUUAACAGCUAUUGAUUUUCAUGGAAGUAAAAACGUUACGAGUUUAUUAACAAUAUUUGAAAAUUAUUUGGAUAAACCAGCAGAACCUACAGAAACACAUGAUCGCAUUCGUGAAUCGGUUGUUAUUUGGUUUGGUGCUUUGGCUAGACAUUUAGACCCAACAGAUAGUAAAAUCCCCAUGAUAACUGAUAAACUUUUAGAAACUUUAAAAACUCCAGCAGAAUCUGUGCAAACUGCAGUUGCCGAUUGUCUUCCACCUCUGAUUAAAACAACAAAAACUAGAGCGCCAGUUAUUGUUGAAGGUUUAUUGAAUCAAUUAUUUCACGCUGAAAAGUAUGCGGCACGAAGGGGAGCUGCGUAUGGAUUGGCUGGUGUUGUAAAAGGAAUUGGCAUAUCAACUUUAAAAGAUUGUAAUAUUAUGACUACAUUGAAAGAAGCUGUUGAUAAUAAAAAGGACUACAAGUUUCGACAAGGAGCUCUUUUUGCCUUUGAAACAUUAUCACAAACUUUGGGUCGUCUAUUUGAACCUUAUGUUAUACAAAUUCUUCCUUUACUUUUAACCUGUUUUGGCGAUACACGUCCCGAUGUACGCGAAGCCACUUCUGACACUGCAAGAAUUAUUAUGAGUAAAAUAAGUGGUCAUUGUGUUAAACUUAUUCUUCCAUCGCUUCUUACGGGAUUGGAAGAUAGACAAUGGCGGACUAAAAAAGGUUCAAUUGAAUUAUUAGGAUCUAUGGCAUUUUGUGCACCAAAACAGCUUUCAAUUUCACUUCCAACUAUUGUUCCAAGAUUGACAGAAGUGCUUACAGAUUCACAUAAAAAUGUUCAGACAGCAGCAAAUGAAGCUUUAUUACGUUUUGGUGAAGUGAUUAGUAAUCCAGAAAUUCAAUUACUUGUACCUAUUUUGCUAGGUGGUCUUAGUGAUCCUGAUAAGAAAACUAGUGCUGCUUUAGAUGCUUUAUUGGAAACUGCAUUUGUCCAUUAUAUCGAUGCGCCUUCAUUAGCAUUGGUUAUGCCGAUUCUUGAGCGUGGCUUGAAAGAGCGAAGCACGGAAAUUAAAAAAAAAUCUUCUCAAAUAGUUGGUAACAUGGCUUCUUUAACUGAUGUCAAAGACCUUGUUCCAUAUUUACCAAAACUAUUACCUGGACUCAAAGAAGUCUUGGUAGAUCCUGUACCUGAAGCUCGAUCUACGGCUGCAAAGGCAUUAGGCACACUUGUUGAAAAACUUGGAGAAGACAAAUUUCCCGAUAUUGUUAAUGAAUUACUUCAUACCCUUAAAUCUGAUACUAGUGGUGUUGACCGACAAGGAUCUGCGCAAGGCCUUAGUGAAAUAUUGUCUGGUCUAGGACUUGAAAGACUUGAUGGGCUUUUGCCAGAAAUCAUCAAUAACACCAAUAGUGUAAAAGCUUACGUUCGAGAAGGAUUUAUCUCAUUACUUAUUUAUCUUCCUGCAACAUUUGGUCAAAGGUUUCAACCUUAUCUUGGUCGAAUAAUACCAUCAGUUUUAUCUGGCUUAGCAGAUGAAUCAGAAUAUGUUCGAGAUGCAUCGCUUAAAGCUGGUCAAAUGAUUGUAGUAAACUAUGCUACAAAGGCUGUAGAUUUAUUACUUCCCGAGUUGGAAAGAGGUUUAUUCGAUAACAAUUGGAGGAUAAGGCAUAGUUCUGUGCAAUUAAUGGGUGAUUUGUUAUACCGGAUUACUGGAAUUAGUGGUAAAUCUGAUCUUGAAGGUGAAGAAGAAGAUAUUAGUGGUGGGGCUGAAGUGAAUAAGAAAAUAUUACUUCAAGUUCUUGGAAAAGAAAGACGUGAUCGAGUGUUAGCAGCACUAUAUAUUGUAAGACAAGAUGUUUCAGGCAUUGUUCGUCAAUCGUCAAUUCAUGUGUGGAAAGCUAUUGUUCCUAAUACUCCACGUACUGUCAAGGAAAUUCUUCCAGUAAUGAUGGGAAUAAUCAUUCGAAACCUUGCAAGUUCAAGUUAUGAACGACGUCAAGUAGCAGGUCGUACAUUAGGAGAACUUGUACGUAAAGUUGGCGAAAGCGUCUUAUCGGAAAUUAUACCAAUUUUAAAAGAUGGUUUAGAAUCAAAUGAUCCGGACAUGAGGCAGGGUGUAUGUAUAGGUUUAAGUGAAAUCAUGGCUACAGCUGGUAAAAUACAAGUAAUAGACUAUGUUGAUUCAAUCAUUCCUGCAGUAAAGAAAGCAUUAAUUGAUAAAUCUGGUGAUGUUCGUGAAGCUGCUGCACAAGCUUUUGACACACUUUUGCAACAUGCUGGAGAGAAGGCAAUAGAUGAGAUAUUACCAUCUUUAUUAAAUUCAUUAAAGUCCGGAGAAGAUUCUGAAUAUGCACUUGAAGCAUUAAAAGAAAUUAUGGCAAUUCGAGCUAACGUAGUUUUUCCAGUAUUAAUACCAAACCUUAUUUCGGUGCCUAUCUCUGCUUUUAAUGCUAGAGCUCUAGCCUCUUUGGUGAAAGUAGCUGGUCCAGCACUUAAUAAACGGUUGACUAAUAUUCUUAGUGCACUUAUGACAUCAUUAGGAACGGAAACUGAUGAGGCGAUUAUUUCAGAGUUGAAAGAAACCGAAAGGGCCUUAUUGCUUUCGAUUGAUGAAACAGAUGGACUUCAAACAUUAAUGAUGAUGCUUUUUGAAUCAGUAAAAAGUGACGAUCCUGUUAAACGUUCUUGUUCAUGUGAUGUACUUGCGUUAUUCUGUAAUGAAAAUAAGAUGGACAUUUCACGAUAUAUUCCUGAAUGGAUAAGAGUGUUGAUAUUGCUUCUUGAUGAUCGACAAGAAGAUGUUGUGAAAUCUGCUUGGAAUGCUUUGAACUCUGUAACCAAAAAUAUAAAGAAAGACGAUCUAGAACAACUUGUUACAACCGUUCGUCGUGCCAUAAAAAAUGUAGGAGUUGCUGGUGUAGAUUUGCCAGGUUUUUGUUUACCAAAAGGCAUUGGUCCAAUUCUUCCUAUUUUUUUGCAUGGAUUAAUGUAUGGUACUCCUGAAAUUCGAGAACAAUCUGCUUUAAGUAUUGAUGAUCUUGUUCAGAGGACAUCUAAUAAUGCUCUUAGACCUUUUAUUACUCAAAUUACUGGACCACUAAUCCGUGUAAUUGGAGAUCGUUAUCCUCCUCAAGUGAAGGCUGCAAUACUACAAACUUUAAGUUCACUGCUUGACAAAGUACCUGCACAAUUAAAACCCUUCAUUCCCCAAUUACAACGCACAUUUAUUAAAUCUUUAACUGAUCCAUCGAGUGUUGUUGUACGUUCACGAGCAGCUUCAGCUUUAGGAAUACUGAUUUCACUACAAACACGUGUAGAUCCUUUAGUGACAGAGUUGGUUACUGGGGCUAAAACUAGUGACCCAAGUUUAAAAGAAACAAUGUUAAGUGCACUUGAAAAUGUUGUGAGUAAAGCGGGGAAUGGUAUGAGUGAUGCUUCUAAAAAAGGUGUACUUGAAGUUAUUGCAGAUGGGUUGAAUGAUAAAUCAGAUGGGGUGGUUACUGGAGCAGCUCGUCUUCUUGCAAGUUUAUGUAAAUAUCUCACACCUUCAGAAGCAUUGCCAGUUGUAACCUCUCUCACAUCAAUCAAUGCAAUAAUAGUUGAGUCACCAAUGACAUUCAUAGAUUUAAAAGUUGUUGGUGCGAUUACAGACAUUAUAAUAGCUGGAACCACAAUUAAUCAGCUGAACGUUUCUAAUGCUGCUGUAAAGGCCAUGGGCAAAAUUAUGUUUUCGGAAAAAUAUCAUGAUGAAAUAGUUACAGAGAAAUUUAUGAAUACAUUGAUUAAUAUCAUUAGCGAGCCAACAGCAUCAUUUUCAGAAACCAAACGAUUAACUUUAAUCACACUUACUAUUAUGGGCAGAAGACACCCAGAGCCACUGGAACCUCAUCUUAUUACUGUAAUUCCACUCAUUGUUAAUUGUGGUCAUGAUAAAAAUGUCCCAGUAAAAUUGGCAGCAGAACGUGCAUUGAUAUAUACUUUGCAACUCUUAGAUGGUGAUAGCAUGUUACAUCAUAUGAUAUCAAUACUUGAACCCCAAGCAAGCAAACAUCUUGUUGAAUAUCAUAAACGAGUUUUAACAAAAGCAGUAUUAGAAGAACAUGAUAGGGUCGACAAAAUUAAUGCAGGGAUUAUAACUGUCCCAGAAGAUGACGAUGAACAAGAAAUUUGGAUAGUUGGAAAUUCGGCAACAUAUGAUUUUCCUAAUGAAAAUUAA